AUGAAACGUUCGGGUCGAGGGUUCUGCACGAACACCUCCAUGAUUUCGGUCACUACGGAGAUCGGUGGCUGGUCCAUCGCAAAAUGCACUUCGGCGGCUUUGCGGCGGGUACGACGAGCGCUAUCCUCCCCUGUUGACGAUUUAGAAUCACCGUCAUUUUCUGGAGUGGCCAACAAUUCCAUCUCGCCCUCGUCAGCGGCAUUGCCAGUUGAUUCUGGCUCAAGGGGCGAUGACGCCGCGGCAGCGCCGGUACCAGCAGAUGGGUCUACAGGGGCUGCUGCAGACUCUGGGGCACCGACGAACAAGCCAUUUACGGUUCUUUCCAUGGCCAACUUGCGUUGGGCCACCAAGUAA